CGCCACUCCACAGCAAUUUUCCACUACGCACUUCAAGUCUUCAACUAGUUUUGAAUUUCCACGAGGGUUUUAUACUUUUGUGCUCUCUCUCUCCAAAUAGUUUUCGUUCUCUACUGAAUUAGAGAUGACUGAUGAUAAACACUCUGCUUUCAAACCAAUAACCACUCAAUUUCAACAAAAGACUCCCUCUAUGCAACAACUAGAAGAACGAGAACAAUUCGCUUCUCUCUCUUCCGUUGCCUCACAAGAUUCAGUACAGUCCUCUGAUGAUACUUCUUCAGCUCCAAGACAAGAAGACUCUUCAACCAUGGCGGCCGCUUGCAGUUGUUUCAAGAAGGCGGCUUGUUCUUGUGUUAAAGGUGAAUGUGAGAGUCAUAUCGACUUUACUGAAGAAAAACAAGAACUUGGUCAAGAAUUGUUGGGUUCUGUUGAUGAAGAGGUCACUGCUUGUGAUUUAGUUUCUGGGUUCUCUGGUUGGGAAGAAAAAGGGAUUGUUUGUGAGAAAAAGGUGAAAGCGUUUGGUGUGGAAGUUGAAGAAACAGAGAAUAGUGAAGUGGGCUGUCUUGCUAAUUUUGAAAAGACUCUGAAAGAUUCUGUGAAACGUGAAGUGGGUUGCUCUGGAAUUCAAGAACGUGGUGAAGUCAAUGAAAAGAAGGAGUCUGAGGUUGGGGGUGAGAUGGUCUCUGAAUUUUCUGGAUGUGAGGGCAAUGGGGUGGUUUGUGAUAGAAAGGUGCAGGCUUUUGGUUUGGAAGUUGAAGAAUCAGAGAAUAGUGAGGUGGGUUGUGUUGCUACUUUUGAAAAGACUUCGAAAGAUUUUGUGAAACUUGAAGUGAGUUGUUCUGCAGUUCAAGAAUGUGAUAACUUCAAUGAAGAGGAGUCUGAGGUCAAAGUUGAGACGAGUUCCGUUGUGGAAGGUGACAAUGAAGAUAGAAAAGAAAUGAAAUCUGAAGCUUUGUUGGAGGCCAAGAAAAAGCAGUUAUUGGCAGAACUUGAAGUUUCUGGUCUGGCAAGUCAGGAAGUACACAAACUAGUGCAAAAUAAUGGUGUGAAGAUUGAUGGUGCAAGAGUAAGUGAUGUGAGUGUUAGGCCUUCUCUUAGGAUUGAAGUAAUUGAUGAUACAGCAUUGAUUGAAACUGUUAGGGUUUCUAAAAUGAUAGAGAGGAACGGGAAGAAAGGGGAGACGGAGCAAGAAGUGGAUGGAAAGAAGGCAAGAAGAUCGAGAAGGAAGGCAAAAGAUGCGAAAAAGGCUUCGGAGAUGAGUGAAAAGAUUAAGAAUUUGACUGAUUAUGGGGCUGGUCAAGAUGGUGGUUUAAAGGAUGGAAAACAAGAGAAAAUUAUGUACUCAAGGAAGGAGAUGGAGGCCUUGAGGUUUGUCAACAUUGUGGAACAGCGGAAAAUGUGGAGGGAUGUAUACACUGGACUUGGACCUGUGGUGAUGACUGAGUAUGAUGACCUGUUCAGCUCCAAGCAUCAGAAGCACAUCCUCUUGAACUUCGAUCCUCGGCAGAACUUUUCAAGGAAGCCAGAGACCCAUGAGAUUCUUGGGGAAGAGUAUUCGCAAAACGUGGAUAAUGAAUCAGAACACAUGGACGGUUAUGAGGUAAAUGUGGAUAUCUUGAAUCCUGGUUAUAGCGCUAGUACUGAGGGUGAAGGUUCAUAUAUGGUCAAACAAGGAGAGUGCAGUGAAGAAUAUGACAGUGAUGAAGAUUAUUGUAGCAUUCAGAGACCUGCCUUUUUGGUAGAAGGCGAGCCUGAUUUUGAUUCUGGACCUCCCGGAGAUGGAUUAGAAUAUCUUCGGCGCGUCAGAUGGGAAGCUGCUCACAUUCCAAGAGUGAAGGUGGCGAAGCGUGAUCAGAGCAAACCUUCUAAAGAACAGAGUGUUUAUAUGCCCCGGAUUCCUGAUAUCCCACGGUGUCCAGAACACUUGAUGCCAUUGAAAGAAUGGGAGGAUUCAUUUCUUGCUGACUUUUCAAAGCUACGACAGGUUCUGUCAGGUAUCGAGAAUCCAAGCUCUCAACUUGCUGGUAAACUGCAAGAUGUGGUCAUUUUUCACAAGGACAAUGAAUCCUGUCAACUCCCUGAUAGUACUAUUGCUAAAACCGAUGAACUUCAUUCCUGUCAGCCUGUUGACAGUUUCAGCCAUAAAAUCGCAGCUGAUGAGCCAUCUCUGCUAAAUACUGAGGAUGAUGAAAAUUCUCCAUGCCAUCCAAAUCCUAAAACUUCUCCAAUUGAUGAUUCUACCAACCACCCUACAUUAUCUGCAAUUCUAAAAAUGGAUUCCGUAGCUCGAGUAUCAAUGCUGAGAAAACGCAUAACCUCUAUAGAGACAUUUAGCACGCUGUCUAGAAAUGAUUGUGUGUGGCUAUUUUCAUUGUGCGCAACAGUUGAUACUCCACUAGACGCCGACACUUCUGCUGCUUUCCGGAGUCUGCUCCGGAAAUGUGCCAGACUGCGAGCUGGGAAGUCUGAACUGGAUGAUGAAGUUGUAAUGCUCAAUAUCUUGGCCACAAUUUCCGGCCGGUAUUUCGGGCAGGCGGAGGAUUGAAGUUCAUUCAUGACUAGAGGCAAUGAAACUUUUUCUAUAUGUUUUAUACUUUCCUCUGACUGUGAGCCAAAUACAUUGAGAAUUUUUUUUGAGUCUCUCCACUUGUUGCAGAUGUUCUUGGGACAUCUUGAACUAAUGGUGAUUUGAGUUGAAGGUUAUCAGCAAAUUUUUAUUAAAUAUACCAUUAAUUUUUGUUCAAAUUA